CACCCAAAUUUAGUCGAAACCCGGAAGAAAUUCGGGAAAUUUUCCACUAAUCCAGGGUUAGUAGUGUAGUAAAUCAUUGUUUAGUCAGCGGUCUCGUAGCGUAGUGCAAACGUGGUUUUUGGGUUUCUAAAUAAAGAUAAGCCCUGAUCCAAGAUGGCGAUGGAUCCUGCUAGUGACAUCGCGAUGCUGUCGCGCAUGCGCACUAUCCGCGCGGCUGAGGAGCGCGGAGACUCGCGGGUGCAGCGCGCGCUCGCCGGAGCCACCGUCUUCAUCACCGGGGGCACCGGCUUCCUGGGGAAACAACUUGUUGAGAAACUCUUCAGAUCUUGUCGAGACAUCAAGAAAAUUUUCCUCCUUGUGAGAGAGAAAAAGGGAAAAUCCAUUGAAGAGAGACUGAAGGAGACUCUAAAAGAUCCUGUAUUCGACGAGGUCCGCAAGGUGAACUCCUACUUCGAGAAGCGGCUGGUGCCGGUGGCCGGCGACGUGGCGGAGCUGAGGCUCGGACUGAGCGACGAGGACUGGAAUAUGCUGGCUGAGGAGGUAAACUUCAUCUACCAUAUCGCAGCCACCGUCAAAUUCGACGAGCCCCUGAAAGUGGCCAUCCUCACGAACGCCCGCGGCACAAGGGAAGCCAUAACCCUGGCCAAGAAGACCAAGGACCUGAAGACCUUCGUCUAUGUAUCCACAGCGUUCUCAAACUGCUACAAUUCGGAGGCUUAUGAGAAGUUCUACCCGACUCCCGUGUCAGCGCAAACGAUUAUCGAUUUUGUUGAAACGUUUGAUGAGGAACGACUAGAUGCUAUCACUCCGGAAAUACUCGGAGGUUGGCCCAACACGUAUUCGUUUUCGAAAGGGAUAGCGGAAGAUGCUGUCAGGACUCUUUGCACAGACAUCCCCACCUGUGUGGUGCGACCAGCCGUUGUGUUUCCUACCGUAUGUGAGCCAGCACCGGGCUGGUUGGACAUGGGCAAUGUGUUUGGUCCAAGUGGUUUACUCCUGGGUAUAGGAAUGGGUAUAACCCACACAACUCUAGUGAACCCUGAGGGUAAAAUCGACGCAGUACCAGUCGACUACGUUAACAACGCAACCAUCUGCGCGACGUACGAGACCGUCCAACGCUACGCAAAGGGACACAGAGAUAUCAAAAUAUACACUGUCUCUAAUCUUAGGAACGUAUUUACUUGGAAUAAAUGCAGUGACGUCUUAGAAACGACGGGUCGAGAACUCGUUUCUCCGAAGGCCAUUUGGUACUGUGGAACAAUCGUGGCACAAAACGAAAAAAUGCUUCUUAUACUUUCACUACUUCUGCACUUCAUUCCAGCGUUUUUCAUUGACAUUGUAUUAAAAAUGAAGGGGAGUAAAAUCAGACUCACAAGACUAUACACAAAGGCUUACAAACUGAACAUAGUCCUAAAAUACUUCCUACUCCGGGAGUUCCGACACCAUGACGACAACACACUAGAUCUCUUCAACAGAUUGUCGGACACUGACAGAAACAUCUUCAACUUUGACGUAGCAGAUAUCGACUUCAACGUCUACAUAAAAUACUGGUGGCUUGGACUGAGAAAGUACAUCAUUAAGGAUGGAUUGACAGGCACUAAAGAGGCGGUUCGGAGGCAGAAAUGGCUAAAAGUUGUCAACUAUGUUGUAGUUAUUUUGUAUGCUUUUAGUGGUUAUAAGUUGCUGAUGUUUAGUGGGUCGGUUCUUUGGAUGUGCUUAAGAUGGUUGUUUUGAAGUUUGUGUGAAUAAAAUUCUGUUGUGUUUGUAAGUUUUA